AUGGCAGCACCUGCGCCUGCAUCCUCCUCCGCCAGCUCCUCGACCCCCAUCCACGUCCCCAUUUCGAAACGAAACGUCGUCAAGCGCUCGGGCAACGACCUUCUCAACUGGGCAUACGACCAAAAGACCAUUCUGCAAUCCAAGUACAACCUGCCUGCUUCUGCGAAUCAACGGCGAGCCGGAGCCACGUCGCUCACCAAUGUGCAGUACGACUCUUCGUGGGUCGCCUCUCUCUCGGGUGGUACACCAUCCAAGAGCUACGAGGUGGUGCUCGAUACGGGUUCCGCCGAUCUGUGGAUCUCUUCGCAGUACUAUCAGCCUUCGUCGAGCAGCACUUUCCAGAACCAGUCGACUGCAUUUGACAUCCAGUACGGAUCGGGCGCUGUGGAUGGAUAUCAAGCGACGGACACGUUCACGUUGGCCGGCACGACUGUGCAGAACCUGCACUUUGCGGUAGCUACCUCGGUCUCGUCCGGUUUGACGAGUGCCUCCAUGGAAGGUAUCAUGGGUAUGGGUUUCCAGAAGCUCGCAUCAUCCGGUCAACCACCGCUGUGGGUCGCUGCCGGUGUCGACACCUUUUCGUUCUACCUCGAACGAGCCAGUCUCACUUCCUCUGAUUCGACCCAGCCCGGUGGAACCUUCACGCUAGGUGGAACCAACACGAGCCUGUACCAGGGCGAUAUCAGCUACAACUCGCUCAUCGAGGAGCUUUACUGGAUGGUGCGUCUCGGUGGCCUCGGCGCGCGAGGGUCCGCCGUCAACCUUAACAGUCUCACCCGCGCAGCCAUCGACACGGGCACCACGCUCAUCGGUGGACCCGAUUCGGUGGUGCAGCAAUUCUACUCGCAGAUCCCCAACUCUCAAUCGCAGGGCAAUGGAUACUACUCCUUCCCCUGCAGCAGCUCGGUCGACGCAACCCUGACGUUCGGCACUCAGCAGUACACGAUCCCCAACUCGGACUUUGUCGCAGGAACCCUCGACCAGUCCGGCACGCAGUGUCUAGGCGCCAUCUUCGGCCUCGGCUCGUCGGCCCAGACCGAUCUGCAGUGGAUCAUCGGCGACGCCUUCUUGAAGAACGUCUACUCGAUCUUCACCACCAACGGAAACAACGGUAACGCCGGCGUCGGGUUCGCCAGCCUGGCCAACGGCUUGAACUCGGGCACCAACUCGAAGAGCGUCGGCUCGUCGAGCAACGGCGCGAGCAGCAGCAGCCCCGCCGCUGCCACGGUGAAGCGAUGGAACAGCGUCGCCGCCGUGUUGGCGGCUGUGGCGCUUCCGGUCGCUGUGUUGGUUGCUUGA